AUGAUGUUUACAGAAUGGAAGAAGAUAAGGGUUCUUGGAGAGGGUUCCUAUGGAACUGUCUCUCUUGCUUCGACCAUUCUUCCAGAAGGAGUGCAAGGAGUGCUGAUAGCUGUUAAGAGUUCGAAGCCUCACGGGGUAAAGUCGUUGCAGAAAGAAGAAGCCAUAUUGGAGUUAUUCUAUGGUUGCAAAGAAAUCGUUCAAUGCAUUUGGGGUCUACCCACCAUGGAGAAUGGUCGUUACAUCUACAAUCUCUUGAUGGAGUAUGCUCCAUUAGGUUCUCUUGGAAACUUGAUCAAAAAGAGAAAAUCACUCCUGGAAAGUGAAGUUCAAGUCUACACACGCAUGCUUCUCAAAGGGCUUUCUAUCAUUCAUCAAUACGGAGUUGUUCAUUGUGAUCUUAAGCCGGACAACGUGCUUUUAUUUCCUAACCAUGAACAUGGUGGGUAUCAACUCAAGAUUAGUGAUUUUGGAUUGUCUAAGACCAAAGACGAGGUGUUUGAUGCUGACUCUUGGAAGAUUAAGUUUAGAGGUACACCAUAUUACAUGUCCCCAGAAUCGGUCAUGGGCCAAAUUGAAGCUCCCUUGGAUAUAUGGUCUCUUGGCUGCAUGGUUAUUGAGAUGCUCACGGGGUUACCUGCAUGGCACCAUGUUCCCACCACACGUGACUUAAUGUUUAAACUUGCUUUUCUUAAAGAAGCACCACCACUACCUUCGAAUUUGAGUCCCCUUUGUGGAGAUUUCUUGAAUAAAUGCUUUGUGAAGGACCCUAAUCAGAGGUGGACUGCCAACAUGCUUCUGAACCAUCCAUUUGUUUCCAUUACAGGCAAAGUUUUACCGGAAAAUGAAAAAUUCAUUGAACCCAAACUCGUCAACAAAGGACAUGCUGAUUUGAAAUUGGAAAAUAGUUCUCCUCAAACUACACGUGACAUGUCAAGUUCAUUCUUAGAUACACUAUCAAGUUUAUUACCACUUGACCUUCUCUCAAUAUUAUAA